AUGGCUUUCUCCUUGCAAGAAGCCAUCGAAAAGAUCCGGAGCGACAAGGUCAAGGAUCGACAACAAGGUCUCGAGGCAUUCGAACACAUCUUCUCGGAUUCAGACAAUGUGGUUGAUCUCGAUCCAAAGCAAGACGGAAAGGCGUGGCUCAAGGUCUUUCAGGCGCUCUCUGCCUGUGUGCUUGCCGAAAAAGCUGCGUGCAUUCGUAAAGGUUCCUUCCUUGAUGCACAACCCAUCGCCAUCGCCAGACUGCAGCGCGCGGCUAACAUGUUUCGCUCGCUCGUCGAACAAGCCGCAGCCCUUUUGGCUCGUAAGGUGGUCAAGGCUUUAGUCACGCACAUCCUUCAGAUGAUGAACCACCGCGGCACGCUUCUUCGUCCCAUAGCCUCCGCAUAUACUUCUGCGCUCUGUGCCAUCCUCAGCCACCAGCACCAUGUCGACCACCUCGAACCCGAAGAUUGGCGCGCCACAGCAUCCUUGUGCUUCGACAUUCUCCUUGGUCGAGACCUUGAUGGUUCAGCUGCAACCAGCGACCCUGAUGAACGGCUGGCUACACUCGCUAUCUCUCCAACCUUGGUUGCUUCACAGCGCGGUCUCAGCUUAGAGGAUGCGGUUACUGCACACUGCCUCUGCCAUCUCAUGGCGUGUACCGUUGCGCCUCUGCUCGGCAGUACCGGUCAAGGCAUCUUACUCCUCGCCGACUACACCCGAUUCUUCCUCACUUUCCCUGUCGAAUCUUCCGCACACUUGCCAGCUAUGUCCGGACUCAACAUUUUGCUCGAACAUCUCGAACUCAACUACCCAUGUCAAGUACUCUUGGCAUCACUGGCUUUGCGACUAACAGUCCUCACACUUUGGAAAACCAAGAAUCUCAUGCUCAAGAAACAGCUGGAAGUGGCUCCACUUCAGGAUCCCGCUGCGCGUCUCUCUAAGCGGACUGAGGCGGCCGCAUUCCUUCGAUCCAUUCACGAGACCCUUCUCCGCGAUCCCGAGACCCGCUGGGCUCUCGAACCUAUCAGAUUGGAUGCGCUUACUUUCCAUUGGACACUCCCAGAUGGUACUCGCUCCUCACGUCCGUCGUCAAUCCUUAGCAAUUUGGCAUUUUACUUUGGGCCUUUUCCGAGCGAGCAAGCUUCGCUAGCUUGGUGCCGAAUAGGUCUGCAAGUGGACCUAAUCGAGCUACUCGUCGCAAUCGAGCCUGUGCAACUUGAGAAUGGAACGCCAGCGCUCGCUCGACAAGGUGAGGCCGAAGAGCCGCCAUCCACCGCGACGACGACUCAGCGCACCAUGCUGCGAGCCAUGCCAUCCAACGGCAAGCGUGGAGCCGAGAUAGUAUCUUCAAGUCCUCAGAAGCGAAGACGUAAAAGUCCAACCGGCGCUGCCGAUAACCUUGCAGAUUCCAGCCCCAUCCGACAGCUGAUCGAAAAGGUCUCGAUCACAACUUCAUCCCCAACUGCAGGUGUGGCUGCAAGACUGGGGGCUUUGCAGCUGCUCACUUUCCUUCUGCUAACCCGACCCAGUCUCCUCGACUCGUCGACGCUGUCCGAAACACGUAAGGAGCUGCUGCAGCUUGUCGCUGAUACAGAUCCUGUUCUCGUCUCAUGGAGCUUGGUGGGCCUCGGUGCGAUCGUGCUCGCAUUCGAACCGGUGAAGGUGGCCGAACGCGAUCACGGUAUAUCGUCGGGGCAUCCUGGUUUGCAUGACUGGGGAAUCGCGGUACGCAAGCUCCAAUUUCGGGAGACAUGCCGUGCCGCUGCUUUCCUGCUCGGCGUUAUGCUGUCGAGAGCGGUGCUUCCAAACGCAAUGUUGCAGUCCGAGAUCACUCGUCUGGUCGCCGAAGUCGAUCUUCAAGGUCCGCCGAUUCUUUGUGACAGUGUAUGCCAUCUCAUGACGCUGCUUUUGCAUCGCACCACUUCCAAUCGCAUGCUUCACCAUCUAGAUGCUCGACGAAAGGUGGGGGCUUGGUUCGCAAGCGCUUAUUCGCCAGCAGAAGCUUUCCGGCCUUCAACACAGGUCGCAGUAGGCCGAGACAAUAGCAUGCUCGUGCCCUAUCAUGACCUUCUUCGUCUCCUUAGCAGCAUUAUUGCUGGCCCUGAGCUGGACCAUACAGAUCACUGCAUGCCGGUCACGUAUGAAGAUGAUGUUACACAGCUGCUUAAGCGGCAGGCUAGGCUGCAGCCGCUCCGUGACCUCUCUUUGCGCUCAAGUGUUGCACUUGAUUUAGCCGUUGUGCGCACUGCCAAUAUCAGCGCGGACCAAGCUGAGCCAACGCUGCUUUCAAUGCAAGAUUUCGAUAGGAUCGCGGCGAUUCUCGACAAAAAGAUCGACUCAUGUCUGGAUGUGCUCAACUCGGUCGGCCUAGAUGAUGGGACUAAACCAGCCAUAGCUUUCCAAACCGCGAUCUCUGUGAUUCACGCAGGAAUCCUUGCAGUCGAACUGUCCUCGAAAGCUAAAUCGCUGGAAUCAGCAGCACGUGUCAAGCGAUCCUGCCAGGUCAUCGUCAAGGCUGUCAACCUCGUCUCAAAGUCGAAGGACAUGCCGGCACAAGCUUUCAGCUUUGUUCUCGCGCAGCUCGGCCUCCUUGACCCUUUCAAUCUUAGCAUUGUCACUGACGAUGCGACCCCAAACGAGCUGCUUGUCGUUCCUGGCUUGGCGAGCGGCGUCGCAUCUAGACUCCAUCUAGCCAAGAUGAAGAAGGGUCACAGCCGAUCUCCCGAGGAGGGCACCAAGCACAGAUCAAAGCGGCUCUGGACAGCGAUUCAAGAGGCUGGGAUGCUCGAGACCAUGCUCUCGAGCUGUGAAACAGCGCUCGAUCUGGCCUUGUUUGGCCGCAGCCAUAUCGGCAACGAUUCGGCGUCUCCUGCCGCAUCGAAGCGCCACGAUGCUUUCGACGACAUGCCUGAGAGCGGAAAUUCCAGUACGCUUCGCGCGAGAAAUUCGAGCUCCACUGUUCCGACCGAAUCAACGGAGAUGGCGGUGCACGUUCUGGUACAUCUCCUCGCUGGCGUGCCUCGAUUACUGACAAGUAGCGCAGACACCCAACGCGAUGAGAACAUCGUGUCUCUGCUCUUCGAGUGCCCAGUCGAUGCGAUGAUCGCGUUGGCCCCAGUAAUUUUCGAAUUGCUCAACAAAGGCAAGCUGUGGAUGAGCCAGCGAGAUCUCGUCGACGCGCUUGAUCGCAUUGGCUCAGAGCUUCUCGCAUCCUACCAAUUCGCGCGACAACCUGUGGCACGUAUAGCUGCCAUCCGCGCUCUUCGGUCCGUGGUGCCGUUGCUGUUGGAGGAGUUCGACGAACAGUCAGAUCUUUUUGACAAGGUACAGAAGCUAGCGAGCUUUUUCGCAGACCAGAUCGGGCGGACAAAAUGGCCAUCGCCAUGGGAGGUGCAACUGGCCUGUGCCAGGUUUUUGGCGGAUUGUCUCGAACAGGACGCGGAAGGCUGCCUCUCCCGGGCGGGCAGUGCUCGCGCCAGCAAAUUCUCGCCACGGAGAUCCAUGUUGUCUUUGAACACUGAUGUCGACAUCCGCGUGCGUGGUUUGGGAUCGCCUCUUGCUGCAUGCGUGUUCGACACGGCGUCGUUUGAUGAAGAGCAAAUGUUGCACCUCUAUAAUGACUUCCGUGACGACCUCCCCAGCGAUUCUAGCAGCCCACAGCAUAUCUUGACACGUGCGCUCAGCCUGAGCAAUGUCGCAAUUGCCAACUCAGCUGUCCGUCAAUCAGCGCUGUUCCACCUUCUCGAGAUCAUUCUGGCGACCGAACAGUUGCCCACGACAGUACAGCACCUCUUCGCGCAGGUUGCAGCAAGGCUUGGAUUUACCGACGCUCCGAGCUGUUACCAAGCUUUUGCCGGCCAAAUCACAUGGGGCAUGGCCACCAAUAAUUACGACCCGCUGCAGGUGCCAUGGAAAGCGCUUGGCUUCACGAGCAAACGCGAAUGCCUCGAUGCAACCUUUGCCGCCAGCGGUAGCAUGCUUCUAGCGGCACAAACGCACGAAGGAAGGACCCAAUUCGAUGCGCUCGUGCAGUUGACAAAACGAAGCCAGCAGCAAGGAUUGCAAGAAUGCUUACCCUUCCUAACCGCCGCUUACUUGGGAUUUGCCGUUCAGUCGGCCCAGCAGCAAGAUCGCCCGGAUUUGCCUGCUGCUGGCGCCCAGACACUGCAGGAGCUGGCUCAGCUUGGCUUCGCAGAGAGCGACCGUCACGAACAGCUGCCUCGAAUGAUCGCGAGUGCAGAUGAUCUCAUUGUGACUACUUUGUUGUCUCUGUACUUUGAGCCAGCUUCUUCUUUGGAGGAGUCUAGAAAAUUCGCCAUCGCAGCCUUGAAAACGCAGGAUGCCCGAAGUGGCAGGAUACUGUCGUGCUUGACACCUACGAGUAACUCUUCUUGUCUGGGUCUCCACGAACCUAGUCGACCCUUCUUCACAAGCGCUGUCCUUUGUGCGACGCUCUCAACUUUGCCGAGUCUUGGAGUUGAGCCAUUCCGCAAGGAUGUCAUGUACAACGUACUGCAUCACAUCUUCCACCGCAUCGCAUCGUCCAAGUUCCAGAACGACCAGCUGCGCCUGAGUGCAGCUCUACGGAUCUACCUUGCGAUGUGCGGUGACAGCUUCUGGACAGAUCGGCUCAACGCAUGCUUCUUGGUCAGCAGCAUUGAACAGCUGCUUGGUCAACAACACCUGCACGACGAUUUUCGCCCAUUUCUGGUGUAUGCGUGCAAUCGCUCAUCAAUGGCCCAGCACAGUCCAGAAGCACUCGUGUCAUGCAUCGUCACUUGGUCUAGGGAAAUAGCGGACCAACUUGUCGCGUCACCCGACUCCGGCGAUUGGCUUCUCGAAGCUGCUCGUGCAGUCGCUAAGACUUCAUCCAUAGCGACCUCGGUUACGAUGCUCUUGUGGCCGGUCAAGCGCACGUCGACAGAACAAGCCGCAAUCGAGGGCCUGAUCGACAUUGAUACCAUUGCCUUUGCAAUCCAGGCGUGCCCCCGCAUGUCUGUACAGCUUCCAUCUCUGCUACGAGUUCGAAGCGUUCUUAAAAAGACGAGCAAGGCACAAAUCGAGGCGUUUUGCCAUGGUCCCGCAUGGAAGCUGUUAGAGCGCAUGACCGAGGUUCGUGCGACCCAUGCCUCUCGAAUAGAUGGCGACUCGCCCAGCGAUGUUAUUAGCGAUAUAUACGCCUGUAUUGCAAGUGCAAGCGAGCCCGCUCUGUUACAGCGUACACGGAAGUCCGUUGAGGCUGGUGCGAAAGGCGACAAGUUAGCAUCCGAGACAUAUCUUGCCACGAUCGAUACAAGUCAGGCACGCAAUCUGUCAGCUGCAGCAGUUCUCAAGAUCCACGAGCUGACACAAAGCCUGCCCCUCGAGCUAAGCUUCCGAGCCUUUGAAACGCUGCGAAGCAUCGCUUGCCUUGUUGGGGGCCGUCUCACGGAUAUGGUGCCAAGCACCACCCGAGAGGAGCUUGGUCGUAUUCGGCCGAGCAUCAGCCCGAUGACGAAUCGGCCUGGACCUUUUCACCCAGAACGCUUCCUGGAGCCAGCAUUGCUGGACGCUUCGGCAUCAUCCAACAAUUGGAUCUGCCGCAUCACGGCAACCAUGUGCGAAGCUAUCGCUUCCUUCAAGAAUCAGGAUCUCUUCCAGCCUAUUGGUCAGUUUGUAUCGAUGAACCAUGUAGCUGCGGAAACCCUAUUCCAUGUCUUGCUCCUAUGCUUCACGGUUGUCGACACAGAGCCGGCUUGGACAAAUCCUUCUUCUGGCGGAAGGAAGAGGACUUCGGGACGUCGAUCGGAUCUCGAAGGACAGUUAUCUUCGCUCCAGAUGUACCGUGCUGCGAUUGCAACGCAUUUUGAACACGUGCUGAGCGCCCCGAACGCGGAUCCGACAUGCAGCUCGAUGAUCGUUCAAUCUCUAUUAGCCGUAAGAUCGUUCAGACCGGUACAAGAGGAGCCAGAUGAAGUCUGCUUUUGGUUCCAAGUCGACACGAACUUGCUAGCAAGACGCUGCAUUGCCUGCGGACUUUAUUCUGCUGCCAUCUUUUUCGUUGAGCACGGCAAUUGGGAGCAGGACGAAUCACAGGCAUGUUUUGCACCACAGGCACAGAUCCGAGCUGAUCUGCUUCAGCAGGCGUACAUGAACAUUGACGACCCCGAUGCAUUCUACGGUAUCAAGGAUGGGGAUGUGCGGGAGCUGCUUCUCAAGCGUCUGCAUCACGAGGGGCAGUGGCUGCGAGCUUUCCAGUACCAUGCUGCAGAUUGCGAAGCUUCGAGCUUUGAUGGUGGGAAGGUAGCCCCCGCUCAAGCAAACGCGCUUGGGCAGACCUUCUCUAUGCUAGGCUUCCAACAUCUUGCCAAUGGGGUGGAUUUGACCUUGGAGCCAUCUGGUGGAGCUGCUCCCUCCCUCGCAAUUAGGACGGACGUCGAUUCGACUUCCUGGGACCUGCCGGUAACGAGCAAUGAACUGGUAGGAGGUAAAAGGGUCGAGUCGGUGCUGCGCAUCUUACAACAGGCCAACGACGAACAGGACGUCGACGAACCCUUGUCUCUGGCCAUUCAGUCGCAGCUGCAAUUGCUGUGUUCGAUACCUGCCGAGAGCGUAACUGUCAUGCGCAGUAUUCAGGGCGAUCUGCUUUCACUCGGACAGAUCAAAGACUGGCGCAAAGCGUCUACACUCUUAGGUCUGGAAGAAGCGGUGGUAAAAUUCCGAUCUGUCUGGUGUAGAGCAGAUGUUGGUGACCAAUUUGAGGUAGCAGAAAAGAUCCUCCGUACGCGUCAGUUGUUGCUGCAGGCGGUGCGACAGCGCCUGCAAUCGGAUCAAAUCGGUGAUGCCCUCGACAGACCAGCUGAAGAAAUUGCCCGAGUCGAGAGGCUCCUGCUGGUGCAACUGAGCCGGCAGGCCCGUGAACACGAAAAGCUGCAGAAAGCCAUCAAUGCUACUGCACGAGCAGAGUCGAUCGAAGUUGCAUUGGGCGACGGUGCCAAUUUGGCGCGAGAGGAGUUCGCAGCUGUACUGUGGGACCAGAAGGAACAUUCACCUGCCAUGCAGCUCCUAUCGCAGAUUGUGGAUGAUCUUGGUGUCACGACGCGAUCGACCAUGCAGCAAAAGCGUCGCGGUGCACGUCUGCUGUCCCUGCUGGCUCAAUGGCGAGCCACAGCAAGAUCUCAACAUCCGCGAGAGAUCGAUGGUACGCUUUUUGAACCUGCUCUCAAGCUACUCGUCACUCCCCCGGCGUCAGAAGUGGCUAAGGAUGCCGAAGUAUCAGCCGAGCAAUCCGAGAUCGCCUAUCGAUGGGCGCGUUUUGCAGAAGAGCAUCAUCGUGGAUCGGAUAUGGCCGAAAUCAUGCGGCUUCGCGUGUACAUUCAACGUCGCACGGAAGAGAUUGCACAAAACCAGCGCGAGUAUGACAAGACAAGCUCCAAGACGGACCGAGGCAAGCUACUGCAGUUUCAGCGUCAAGCUGAAAAGAUCCUUCGGCAAGAUCAGACGCGCCUCAGCGAGCUGGAAGCUUCGAGGACUCUCUUUCUUCGACGCAGCAUCGCCAUGUACGCCCGAGCAUUGAGUUCGUCGGAUGUUCACGAUGAUGCGGUUGCCAGGCUCAUCUCGCUUUGGUUCGAGAAUUCGGACAACGCAGAGCUCAAUCGUCUGCUGGUAAACUGCCUCGCCUCGAUUCCAUCACGCAAGUUUGUUGCUCUGAUGCAUCAGCUUUCUGCUCGUUUGACAGAAUUGCCGGAUCAACGCGAUCCUAUGGCACCUUUCCAGUCAAACCUCGGCCAGCUGUUGCUGCGCAUGUGCCAGGAACAUCCGUUUCACUGCCUUUACGCCAUCUUUGCCUUGAUCAAGACGGGAGCUGACACGAAAGCAGCCUCAAAUCGCUCCACAUCUAGGAGCUCGUUAGGUGUGCCCGAUACCUUAUCGGCAUCUUCAUCCUCUCCCAUUCUGCGAUCCACAGCUGCGGAAAAGAUCUGGAACCACAUCAAGCGACAUUCUUCGCAUGGGAAGAGGAUCAGAAUAUUUGAGGAGCUGUGCUUGGCAUAUGUGGAAUGGGCCGAGUUUGAUCUCGCUUCUCGUCCCGACCGUUACUUUCAGGGGAGUGGCGCGAUCAAGAAGGGUGCAUUGCGCAUGCCGCCAUCGGGCGAAUUGCGGCUCGCGCGAAUGCGCGACCUCGAUGUGCCUGUGGCGACUGCCCGCCUCGAGAUCGAUGCAACGUGCAAGUACGAGAAGGUGGUCUCGAUCGUCCGUUACAGUGAGACCUUCACCACGGCCGGAGGCAUCCACUUGCCCAAGAUUAGCGAGUGCAUUGGAAGUGACGGCAAGCGAUACAAGCAGCUAUUUAAGCGCGACGACGAUCUCCGGCAGGACGCGGUGAUGCAGCAGGUAUUUCGGAUGGUCAAUGAGCUUUUGAAGGCAGAUCGUCGCACACGCGAGCGAAAGCUGGUGAUUCGAACCUACACUGUCUUGCCGCUAGGACCACAGUGCGGCAUGCUCGAAUUUGUGACCAACACAGUGCCGCUGGGCGAGGUACUGAUUGCUCUGCACGCCAAGUAUCGGCCGGGCGACUUGACGCCGUCGCAGGCGAGGACCAAGAUGCGCGAUGCACAGUCUCUGGGCGCAGAGGCAAAGCUCGAGGCAUUCCUGGACGUGUGCGAACAGAUGCGACCCGCUUUCGGAUACUUUUUCAGCGAUGCUCAACGAAUGCCGAGGGACUGGUAUGAGACACGCCUCAGAUACACGCGCAGCGUGAGUACAAGCUCGAUUGUGGGCCAUGUGCUUGGUCUAGGGGACCGCCACGUGUCCAACAUGCUGCUCGACAAGGAGAGCGGCGAGUUGGUGCACAUUGAUUUUGGCGUGGCCUUUGAUCAAGGCAAGCUGCUACCGAUUCCCGAGCUGGUGCCGUUCCGACUGACGCGCGACAUUGUGGACGGCAUGGGCAUGCACGGCGUUGAAGGGACAUUCCGACGAUGCUGUGAAGAGACGCUGCGGGUGUUGCGAGCGCACCAGGACGUGAUCAAAACGGUCCUCGAAGUGUUUCGACACGAUCCGUUGUUCGCGUGGACAUCGAACCCAAUCAAGGUGUUGCGCGCACAGGAGGACAAGGAGGAGGAGGAGCAGGACUCGUUGGCUGCUACGAGUGUAGAGCGAUCCGGAACAACAAUGGGAGUAUCGCGAUCUACGCCUGCGCCCACGCCAACACUGUUGCAAGCGAGAGGGACGGCGUCAAGAUCAACGACGCCAUUCGCAGCGCCGUACGAAGCCACAGGCGUGCUAGGUACGGACACGGCCGAAUUAAGCGCAGACCGAGCUGUCACAUCGGUGAUGAGCAAGCUGUCCUCGUCGCUGAGCAUCGAGUACACUGUCAACGAUCUGAUCCAACAAGCAACGGAUGCAGGCCAUCUCUCGGCUAUCUUCCACGGUUGGCAAGCUGCGUUGUGA